AAAUUAGCUUCAAAGCUAAGGCAAAUCAAUUAAAGGAAGUAGUGAAAAGAAAGGGUAGGCCAUUGCCAAUGGCCACAUUGCUCACUGCCUUGUUUCUCGUUUGUUGCUGCACCGCACCUACUCCAUCAUCUCAAUCUCAUAUAUGUUCGCAUAAGGACAACAUGCUGAAAAUUGUCCAUGCUUGUUAUUCCUGUUUCAACAUGACUCUGGACCUUCAAACUCUGCACUGAAAACCACUAGCCAAUUAGCCAUUGCCGACCCAAAGUUUCAGCCAUGACACCCUUUUCAUUGCUCUUAUUCCUGCUUUUCUUUGCUGCAAAUAUUGCCCUCCUUUCUGCUGUUACAGACCCUCACGAUGCUGCUGCUCUCCAAUCUUUGAAAGAUUCAUGGCAAAAUACACCUCCAAGCUGGGUUAAGUCAGAUGACCCUUGUGGAGCACCAUGGGAAGGAGUCACAUGCAACAGCUCAAGGGUGACUGCACUGGGAUUAUCAACCAUGGGUCUUAAAGGGAAACUAAGUGGUGACAUUGGGGGCCUAACUGAAUUGAGAUCCUUGGACCUGUCAUUUAAUCGGGAUCUCACCGGUUCUCUGUCGCCACGACUGGGGGAUUUGGAAAAGCUGAAUAUCCUAAUUCUAGCUGGAUGUGGUUUCACUGGUAAUAUUCCAGAAGAACUUGGAAAUCUUGCAGAGCUAUCCUUCUUGGCCCUGAAUUCAAACAAUUUCACUGGUAAAAUACCUCCCUCAUUGGGAAAGCUCUCUAAACUGUAUUGGCUGGAUCUUGCUGACAAUCAGCUGGUGGGAGCUAUCCCAGUUUCAACACCCACCUCCCCUGGAUUGGACCUCCUUUUAAAGGCUAAACAUUUCCAUUUCAAUAAAAAUAAGCUUUCGGGUACCAUUCCCCCAAAACUUUUCAGCUCUGAGAUGGUACUAAUACACAUACUAUUUGAUGGAAACCAAUUAACUGGGAACAUCCCAUCCACAUUAGGACAUGUUCAGACUCUUGAAGUUCUUCGACUGGAUCGAAAUGCUUUGUGGGGAGAGGUCCCUUCAAAUCUCAACAACCUUACAAACAUCAAUGAAUUGAAUUUAGCACACAAUAAUCUUACAGGCCCUCUACCAGACUUAACCUCAAUGAAUACCCUCAAUUAUGUGGAUCUUAGUAAUAAUUCAUUUGACCCAACAGAAGCUCCAGUUUGGUUCUCAACCUUAUCGUCGCUCACCACUCUUGUUAUUGAACAUGGAUCGCUACAAGGGCCUGUACCAGAAAAGCUUUUCAGCUUCCCACAGAUACAGCAAGUGAAACUACGAAACAAUGCCUUCAAUGGCACAUUGAACCUGGGUGAUAGUGUUGGCACUCAACUUCAACUUGUUGAUUUGCAGAACAACCAGAUUUCCUCCAUAACUCUAGGAUCUGGAUAUUCAAAUACUUUAAUACUUAUAGGCAAUCCUGUGUGCACAACUGCUAUCUCGAAUACUAAUUUCUGUCAGAUCCAGCAACAAAAUACAAAACCCUAUUCCACCAGCCUAGCUAAUUGUGGAAGUAAAUCAUGUCCCGUUGAUCAGAAGCUGAGCCCUCAAAGCUGUGAAUGUGCCUAUCCAUUUGAAGGAACAUUGUAUUUCAGAGGACCCAUGUUCAGGGAACUGUCUAAUGUGAAUAUGUUCCACUCAUUAGAAAUGAGCCUUUGGGUCAAAUUAGGCCUAACACCUGGUUCAGUUUUUCUUCAGAAUCCCUUCUUCAAUGUCGAUGACUAUCUUCAGAUUCAGCUGGCACUCUUUCCAUCCAGCGGAGAAUACUUCAAUAGAUCUGAAGUUCUGAGAAUUGGAUUUGAUUUGAGUAAUCAAACCUACAAGCCUCCUCCAGAGUUUGGACCAUACUAUUUCAUUGCUUCUCCUUAUCCUUUCCCAGCCUCACUUGGAACUUCUGUUAGCAAAGGAGUAAUCAUUGCUGUAGCAACUGGGGCAGCCAUUUUGGUUCUUGGCCUCAUUGGAGUUGGAAUAUAUGCUGUUCGGCAAAAGAAACGUGCAGAAAAAGCUAUCGGAUUGAGUAACCCAUUUGCAUCUUGGGCACCAAGCGGCAAAGACAGUGGGGGUGCACCACAGUUGAAAGGAGCAAGGUGGUUUUCUUAUGAUGAACUUAAGAAGUGCACCAAUAAUUUUUCUGAAAGCAAUGAACUAGGAUAUGGAGGGUAUGGGAAGGUAUACAAAGGAACGCUCUCUGAUGGACAAUCUGUGGCAAUUAAAAGAGCUCAGCAUGGAUCAAUGCAGGGUGGGCUUGAAUUCAAGACUGAAAUUGAAUUACUUUCCAGAGUUCAUCACAAAAACCUUGUCGGUCUUGUUGGGUUUUGUUUUGAUCAAGGAGAGCAAAUGCUGGUUUAUGAAUUUAUGGCCAAUGGAACACUUCGAGAGAGCCUGUCUGGGAGAUCUGGCAUUUAUCUUGACUGGAAAAGGAGACUCCGGAUAGCUCUUGGCUCAGCUAGAGGUCUAGCUUACCUACAUGAGCUUGCAAAUCCUCCCAUUAUCCACAGAGAUAUUAAGUCCACCAACAUUUUGUUGGAUGAAAAUUUAACCGCAAAGGUUGCGGACUUUGGCUUGUCGAAAUUGGUAUCAGACAGUUCAAAGGGCCAUGUUUCAACCCAAGUUAAAGGCACAUUGGGUUAUUUAGAUCCUGAAUAUUACAUGACCCAGCAAUUAACCGAGAAGAGUGAUGUUUAUAGCUUUGGAGUGGUAAUGCUUGAACUCAUAACAGCUAAGCAACCAAUCGAGAAAGGUAAGUAUGUAGUGCGGGAGGUGCGAAGCGUGAUGGAUAUGAAGGAUGACGAGCAUUACGGAUUGAGGGAGUUAAUGGAUCCAAGCAUAAGAAGCUCGGGAAAUCUACUAGGAUUUGGGAAAUUCUUGGAGUUGGCAAUGCAAUGUGUUGAAGAUUCAGCUACAGAUCGUCCAACAAUGAGCGACGUGGUAAAGGCCAUUGAAACCAUUCUGCAAAACGAUGGGAUGAAUACAAACUCCACUACUUCUGCCUCGUCCUCUGCCACUGAUUUCGGAGUUGCAAAAGGUUCUCUUAGGCAUCCUUAUGCCGAUGCUUUACCUAAGAAAGAGGUCAAUGUCAGUGAUAGUGAUGCUUUCGACUACAGUGGUGGAUACACACUUUCUGCAAAAGUUGAACCCAAAUAGAUCACCCAAUUUCCUCCACCAUCUUCUUCAAUUCUUUUUUUUUUCUCUAGGAAUCUGCACAAGUUUUUUUUUUCCUUCUAGAUCACCAUCUCCUUUAUAUAUAUACAUAUGAAACGGAGUUACUAUUACACAGAUAUAUAUAUAGGUUAUAUAUAUACACAAGCAAGGAAGACUUAAUUUAGUGAAAGGUAUGACUGCAUUUCCAUAAGUGAUCCUGUUUACUGCUAGAUAUGUAACAGUACCAUCUUUCAUUUUUGUAUGAAACUUUUUUUGGGGAUAAACCAAGUAUUUCUAACA